CGCUUUGUUUUGACUCGCGCGUCACCACUGGCGUGGCUGCUGCCCAGCUGGGGCCAGUAUGGGCUCGGCUAGAGCACUGGUCGCGUGCUGACGAGCGCCGCGCUCGGUGCCGCGCCACGCAUGGCCCUGCAGUGGCUGAGGGGGCUGAGGGGGCCGGCGGGCGGGCGCGAUGCCGCGGAGGACGCUGGCGUCGCGCUGCUGGAGACGGAGCAGGAGCGGCGCGAGCGCUGGCGCAGCGUCUACGUGAUCUACUUCACCAUGUUCCAGAUGUCGCUCGGGUUCAGCAUCGUGCUCACCGGAGUCUGGCCGUAUCUGGACAAGUUGCAGCCGGGCACCAGCAAGGAGGCGCUGGGGCUGGCCGUGGGCGCCAGCCCGCUGGGGCAGCUGGCCGCGUCGCCGCUGCUGGGGCUGUGGGCCAACCGCGCGGGCAGCGCGCGCGCGCCCAUGCUGGCGUCGCUGGCGCUGUUCGUGCUGGCGUCGGCGCUGUACGCGCAGCUGCACCUGGCGCGCCCGCACGCGCUGGCCGCGCUGCUGGGGGCGCGCGCGCUGGUGGGCGUGAGCUCGGCCAACGUGGCCGUGGCGCGCGCCUACCUGUCGGCCGCUACGCGCGCAGGCGAGCGCACGCGCGCCGUGGCCGCCGCGUCGCUGGCGCAGGUGCUGGGCUUCGUGGUGGGGCCCGCGCUGCAGGCCGCGGCCGCGCCGCUGGGCCCGGGCGCGCCGUACGCGCCGCCCGGCGCCGCACAGCCCGCGCUGCGGCUCGACAUGUACACGGCGCCGGGCUGGGCCAACGCGCUGCUGGGCCUGCUCAACCUGCUGCUGUUCCUGCCCUGCUGCUUCAAGGAGCACCCCAUCGCGGCACGCGAGGCCAUGCUCGCGCACGGCAAGCAGAGCGAGAAGGAGGCGCUGCAAGCGUUGAAGCCGGACCUCGUGGGCAGCUGGACGCUAGUGGGCGCGUUCUUCGUGCUGGUUUUCAACUUCGUGCUGCUGGAGACGCUGGCCACGUCGCUCACCAUGGACCAGUUCGCGUGGAGCAAGCGCCAGGCGCUGCAGAACAUGGGUGCGCUCAUGAGCGCCGGCGCGCUCGUGGCCUGCCUCGUGUUCGCGCUUAUCGCACCGCUCACCCGCCUCUUCGAGGAGAGGGCGCUGUUGCUGUGGGGCGGCUUCCUGCUGACGGGGCUGGCGUCGCUGCUGUGCAUCCCGUGGGGGCCGGGCGCGCCGCCGCUGGCGCUGGGCGCGGGCGCGGGCUGCCCGGUGCGCGCGCAGCCGUGGUGCGCGGCGUCGCGGCGCGUCACGCUGGCGCAGUUCCUGCUGGGCUACCUGUGCGUGUCGGUGGGCUACCCGCUCGGCGUCACGCUCAUCCAGACCAUAUUCUCCAAGGUGCUGGGCCCGCGGCCGCAGGGCGUGUGGAUGGGCGUGCUGACGGGCGCGGGCUGCGUGUCGCGCGCGCUGGGGCCCGUGUUCGUGGCGGCCGUGUACGCGCGCGCCGGCCCGCUGCCCACCUUCUGCAGCACGGCCGCGCUCACCUUCGCCGCGCUGCUCGCGCUGCGCCUGGCCUACGCGCGCCUGGCGCCCCCCGCCCCGCCCGCCCAGUCCGCCCCGUCCGCCCCAUCCGCCCCGUCCGCCCCGCACGCGCCCCACGAGCUACAACCGCUGCACAGCGCCGACCAGCCCGCUUGACAUACCGCGAGAAUACCUCUUACAGAUGACGUACGAGCUCUUACAGAUUAAGAGGAAGACGGCAUUGCAAGGAACUACAGUCCGCUCACAGUUAUUUGUGUGGGUGUCCCCGCGGGUGUCGCACGAGGGCACUACGGGAAUAUAACGGAGAGCGGCCAGCAGCGUGCAGCAGCUCUGUACUUCCACUACAAUCUACUGAAAUCACUAACGCGUUUGCCCAGCGUCUUUGUUAUGGGCCGACUCCUGUUGGGAGAGGCCUUUAGUCCAGCAGUCUGCAGUGGACUGGUAUAGGCUAUUUAUUUGAAAGUGUACUAGACUAGGGCUAAAGCAACUGUGAACGGAUUUCACUCUUUCCUCACCAUGCAUACAGGAUCGAAUACCUACCUCGCCAACAUGGAUUUCUCUACCAGCCCUUUACCUAAUAUGUUUGUACAUUAUUUACCCCUUACAAUGAUAUAUAGAUACCAGUCGACUGUGGGGUUUCUUUUGAAACGUUGUUAUGAGAGUUACUGUAAAAUAGAAUAACAAUGAAACUUCAAACGACUGUUAAAGUGCCAGGCGAAAUCAAAAUGAUUGAUUACUAAACGCUCAUAGUUUACUUGUCAAUUUUUGGUAUAAGUACGAUUAUUUUAAAGGUCCCCUUAAUACUUAAAUAUCGUACUGCAGCAAGUGGAUAAGAAAGGAUGAAAAACAAGCGCAACUUCAAACGCAUUUGUUAGCUCGUGUAUACAUUUUAAUAUACUUAGAAGACAUAAUUUUGAGAUGUAAGAGGGUAUUUAUUUAAGCAAAGAGUUUUAGAAAUAUUUUUAUUGAAAUUCAGAACAGUACGCUGCUGUAAAGUUUAAUAUAGUUUUAAGUUAAAUAAGUUGAAUGCAGAUAAUUGUAGAUUACUAAGCUCGGAAUGUUAAAGGAUAAAGAAAGGUGCAAUCGAAUUAUCGCCCAACUGUUUCAGUAAUAAGACACUGCUGGAUACGGCUCAUAAAAUAUAAUAUUAUCAGUGCAGGUAGCGAACGAAAGCGAAAGCGCCAAGAACGAAUAGAAAUAUAUAGUAUAUUAAAAGAAAUAAGUAAUAUAAUUAAAGACACACCAUGGUGCCCCAAGCUGUGACAGACAUAAGACUGAGGGUUUGCGCCGAGUAUUUGGUAAGGUAGGAAUAUAAUACGUUUCCUAAAAUUAUACACGGUGGGUACGUCAACUAACUCACUCGUGGCCGGUGAGCCAAUAGCGGUGAGAUGCAGGGCAACUCUUUUAAAAGUUUAGAGACUGCCUUUACUACCUCCCACAGUAGAAUGGAAAACGAUGAUGUUUAUUUGAAUACACAGUCAAGCAGUAAGAUCGCCAUAAAAACUUUCAAACUGUGUAUUAUCAAAAUUGCCCUUGUUUUUUUCGAACGCAAUUCGUAAUUCUUAAUCAUAAAAUCGUUUCUUAUGUAAAAAAAAGUAACAAGUUUUUUUUAAAUGAGUCUCUUUUUGUUUGUGUAGUAUAAAUAUGUGCGAGUGAUAUAUUUUAUUUUUCUUGAAUAUUCUUAAUAUAAAAUAAAGGAGUAAAAACGUUUUAAGCGCUGUAGGAGAACAUGUUGUUUACGCGUUUUUAAGAAAGAAACCCGCGGUUUACGAAUCAUUAAUCCAGCAAAGGAAAAAUAGGCUUUUAAUAAAGGUAUAAUGGGAUUUUUAUGAAACUCUCCAAAACAGGAGCUUCAGUAUCAUAGUAUAUGUCUUAUUUUGGCUUAGCGGGGUUAAUAUUGAAUUAUCUAUGCUGGCUAACUCGCACACGUUUUAAGCAAAGGAUUUUCAUGUCAUACUGUGUAUAAUCUUUUUUAGACAUAAGUACUUUAUGCUCAAUAACUUUCAAUUCAGGAACUUCAAUACAGGUAUUUUAUUAAAAAUAUAGGUAUACUUAGUUAUAAAUAAUACAAUUUGUUGUACAAAUAGGUACCUAAUUAUUUUUAGAAGUUUUAACUAUUUGUAAAAUUUAUUCUAUAAGAAGGUAUUUGGUGAAUUAUUCAUUUUUCUAUUAAUUAAGAUUGAGAUGUAUGUAUAUUUUGGUAUCCAAUUUGCAAAAGUAUUGCAGCAUAUUGUGUUCACUCGACAUAAGGCUAUUGAAGACCGAGUAAACUCAAUAAUAAAUAAAAAAUAAACAAGUCA